AUGACCUCGCGGCCGACCUUCAGGCGGAAUCUCUCUGACAUCGUCACUGAGACCACCAAGAGCCACUGGCAGACCAUAUUCAGCAAGAAAUACUGCUACACCACUAUGGUGCUGGCAGUGUGCGCCUUCUGUGUCAAUCUCACGAGCUACGGACUGCUCUACGCACUGCCUCAGACCUUUCCUGACCUUGAAGGAGGCUUUGGUCAGUAGGAGAGGCACGAGAACAGCAACCACAGACAUCUUGUUGACGGUCGAUUGAUUGUCCAUCCCCCUUUGCCGACAGGCAACACACCGGCGUACGAUCUACUGCAGGCGGCGCUGUUUGAGGUUUUGGGCUGCUUCGCGCUGGCGCUGCUAGGGGAGCUGCUACCACGCGUGCGAAGCCUCACGUACUCCGCUGUGGGCUCAGGUAGGUAGGGAGGGAAAAGGAGAGACGUGGAGCUGCCAUCCCCGAUUUCUCCGCGUAUGUCUGUCCCGUCAGGGAUAUUCCUGUUCAUGUUGCUGUCUGCACUGGUGUUCUGGAGUGCACCCUUGGCUGUAUGGAGCGCCUCACUCGCCAAACUGACGGUGAUCUUCCGUACAGACGCAGACCUAAAUCACUCAGUCUCACGCUGACUGAGAUUGCCGUCAUCUCCUCUCUGUGUCUGCUUCUUGACUGGACAGAGUUCCAGCUGGCUUAUCUGUCCAUGUCUGAGGUUUACCCCACUGCAUGCCGCACCACAGGGGCCUCCCUGAUUAUCGCUUGCGGCCGUGUGGGGGCCAUCGUGUCUCCCUUGCUCUUCGAGUCGUCCCACAUCGUGGCUGACCAUCUCGCAGGGAUGAACCUCACGGCACAUCCGGGAUCGCAGCACUGGUUCUUCUACACGGCACUCUCGCUGGUCAACUUUGUGGUGGCCGUCAUAUGCCUCUCUUUGCCGUUCGAGACGCGUGGCGCCGCACUCAUGGUAAAAACCGAUAGAGGCAUUCAGCACAGAUAGAACGGGAGCUUUGUCUGGUGUGUCUUCUUUCACAGGACAUGGAGAUGGAGAAAAUGGCGGAUACCCGUGUGGUGAAGCCGGUACUGUGGCGGUCGAUGUCGGCCCACCUGCACGGCCACGUCAGUACUCUGACGGUGCACGAGGCCUAUGUUGCCCGCAGCAGCACCCAGCCCAUCAUGGGCAGGCUGGACGAACACCCAAGGGGGGAGCGUACACCGCUGCUCGGGGGCGCGACGGGCUUGCGGCAGCAGCCCCCAAGACCGGCAUGAUAAGUGUGUGUCGUUGUGUGUGUCGUGUGUGUCGCUGCGGGUGGUGAGGGCGCAC